UCGCGAGACUGGUCCAUUAACAACCUGCUUGACACACAGCACUGAGUGCAGCUUGCCUGCCAGGGUCGAACUGAGCUCAAUAAACGACAGGAAAGGCGAACAUCUGUCCGUACAUCAUGAAAGGACGUAAGAACAUUUAAGAAAACACGGAGACAAGGAAAAUAUUUGUUAUGACGGAAGAAUGGAGUUCCCAGACCAUAGCCGCCAGUUGCUGCAGUGCCUGAGUCAGCAGCGUCACCAAGGUUUCCUCUGUGACUGCACUGUUCUCGUAGGGGAUGCACGAUUCAAAGCGCACAGAGCCGUUUUGGCCUCAUGCAGCAUGUACUUCCAUCUCUUCUACAGGGACCAGCCAGACAAAAGGGACGUUGUGCAUCUGAACAGUGACAUUGUGACAGCCCCGGCUUUCAGUCUGCUCCUUGAGUUUAUGUAUGAGGGGAAGCUGGAAUUCAACACUCUGCCAGUGGAGGAUGUCCUGGCUGCGGCCAGUUACCUUCACAUGUAUGAUAUAGUGAAAGUGUGCAAAAGCAAGCUGAAAGAUAAGGAACUGUGCUACCUGGAUGAGAAGGUUAGCGAGGUGAUAGCACUGAGCUGUCUGGAAAAGGAAAGCUCCUCAGACAGUGAGCUGCAGAGCAAGCAGCCAGGGCCAGGCCGGCGACAGACACAGCAGCUGCCCCAGAGAGCCCCCCCGGCAGAGGAGUUUGACAUGGACAACAGCGAAGUCAGACUGGCUGUCACAGAUUGUGAUAGGUCUGCACAGAGCAGGCAGAAGGCAAACGGUCACCCUGGCAGGUCCCCGGACCUUGUAGGUGUCAAUUAUGUGUCAGCAGAGGCCGAGCCCUGCGUCCAAACAGCUGGAAAAACAAAAGCUGAUGUCAGUAGUUGCACAGUAUUGCUGUCCCAGAGGUCCCGGGCUUCAGUUGACAUGGACUGUGCUCUGGAUUUGUCUUUCAAGCCACUGUCUAGCAGAGAUCCCAUACACCCCACCUACAUCUCGGGACAGCUGGCCCUCGACAGCCAGCAGCAGGGCACUGAGCCACUUGUUAAAGAUGAACACGACUUGCUGUCAGAGCAGGAGGACAGUGAGGCGAUGAGCCCGGAGAGCCAGCGCUUUGGGAAUAGUGCCAGGAGCUCAGUGGUGACAGGGUUCGCUGCCCUCUUCCCAGGCAACAACGGCUCCACAUCGGCCCUGCUCUCCCAGGAGGAAGACCUGAUGGAGGAGGGGGUGGGCAGUGGAGGAAGGGGGGCACGAGGGGCAGAGAGUGAUGAGAGGAGGGGGAGGCUGUUGGGAGACAGUGAGGAGGAGGACGACCUGGCCUCUUCGGACAUCUCCACCUCCAGUGGGGUCCUGCUGCCCCCGGGGCAACAGGUGUGUGUGUGUCCACUCUGCAGCAAGGUGUUCCCCAGUCCCCAUGUGCUCCAACUGCACCUCAGCUCGCAUUUCCGCGAGAAGGACGGGGCACGCUCUAAGCUCUCCCCCGACGGUUCUGUUCCCACCUGCUCACAGUGUGGCAAGACCUUCUCCUGCAUGUACACCUUGAAGCGGCACGAGCGCACACACUCUGGCGAGAAACCAUACACCUGUGGCCAGUGCGGCAAGAGCUUCCAGUACUCUCAUAACUUGAGCCGGCAUGCCGUGGUUCACACACGUGAGAAGCCUCACGCCUGCAAGUGGUGUGAGCGGCGCUUCACCCAGUCUGGGGACCUGUACCGCCACAUCCGCAAGUUCCACUGUGGCCUUGUCAAGACCCUCGCCAUUGGAUAAACCCCUCCCACCAGUGCCAUGAAAUAAGACCGAGUAACGUCUUAUCACUCCCUGAGUACUACUACUGCAUAUACCUCCACAGUAACGUACUAGUUAUACAUAUUCACAAAUUGUUAAAGACAUAUCCUUUUGGAAUUCUAAUCCAUGUGGCAUUUCUUAAGUUAAAGUGUAGCAACUUUAUAAUGCACAAAACUGGACUUCACUGGAAGGAUGUUGGACUUUAUAAUUUUGUUUUACAAUAAUAAGAUGGGGUGCUUUUCCACUCAAGCUGGAUAUAUGUUGAAGGUGGACAAAUCAGUUGCACUUGUUUAAUUCUGUCUGUCUUGGUAGUACAAAACUGCUGUACUUGAUGAAGUGUAUUCUGCUAAUAGAAACACAUUUCUACGCAUAUAUCUGCAAGCGAAUUAUAGCGCACACUCCUGAAUGGAUUAACAUUUGGUUAGUGCACAUGUGGAAGAGGAAACUAAAACUGCCCAAGAGUAGCAAUCUAUUUUAUAUCCAACCUUAUUUAUUAGUCAACCUGCUUAACAGGAAGAAAUAUCACAAGGCAGUGAAAAAAUACUUGAAGUUGGACUACUGGAUAAUUUUUUGGGGGUAGCUAGUAUUGUCGUUUUCUUUAUGGUAGGAAUGAAGCAGACAUCAUGAUGUUUCUUUAUAAUAGAGGACGAAAAUAAAUACAGGAGUUGGAAGGGUUUUUCAUAUAGUAAGAUGGAGCAUGUCCUGAAGGAAUUACUUUUUUUGCUGCACUGGCCUUUCAAUGUUCAAUGUUCAGGCUGCUGUAUGAACAUUUAGAAGUGAAUUGUUUUGUCACGUUUAUGCUCUAGCAUACACAGGUUGGGUGGUAAUUACUAAAGAUUGCAGCUAAUGCCUGUAACACUGGUGCCUACUGAAAUGAUUGACACUCCUGUUCUCAUACAAGCAUAGGACCUGUUGCCUUCAAUACAACUAAUCUGUGGGCCUUCAAAAACGUAAUCAGCACUUUCCCUUUACAGUGCCUUAAUACCAGGAAGUAACUUGGUCACUCAGUGAUAGCCCUUGGCACUUGUAUGCCAAUUGAUUCAUUAACAAUUGUUGGCUUCUAUUUAGUAAGUUCAAUUUCUGGGUUAUUUGUCUGUAUUACAGCACUGUAAAAGAAAGGGUAACCACGUUUGCAUAUUCCUUUGCUGUCCAUAUAAUAAUGCUGGAGACAUGCCCUGAUAGACAGGGCAGAGAGUGGGAGAGAUGGUCAAAGUAUACUCUCGGUGUGCCUCAGUGCUUCUCUGAGGAGAUGGUGUCCUGUGGAUGUCUUGUUGCCACACUGUCCGUUCAUCAGAACACGUAGCUCAAAAUGCUAAAUCUACUGAAUUCAUUUUGCCCCUUGUGGUUUCUCUUAUAAAGUAUCCUAUCUAUUUUUCUGUUCAUGUUGAAGUACUACUGAUGUCUGAUUUAAUGUUUGAGUGAAUCCUUUGGUGGAACUUUGCUUGACAGAAUCUUUGGACAGAAUGUGGAUUUAAUGGGCCUGUUGUGUGUUGGAAAGAUUUCAUUGAAGUUGGGUUCAUUUUGAUGCUAUACAUAUGAUUCCUACAAGGUGAGUAGCACUAAAAGUCCAAGAUAUUGGUUUCAUCUGUCCUGAGAAGACUUGAUCUGAAGGAUUUAUUCGUUUAACUUGGUUCAGGGUUUACUUUAGGUGUGACCUAUAAAGAUGAGCUGAUUUCUCUAAGCUUAGAGACUUUUGAUGCCUUGUCAUCUUGGUACUAUGGAAUUGAUGUUGGGGUCGUUUAUUCAUUUCUGCAAAUCCUGUUACUGUAAAGAAAUGGUCUGUUAAUGUAUCUUACGCAGAAAUCUUAAAUUGCGUAUUCUCACCGAAGCACUUGUUUUGAGCAUGCAUAUAGUUUCAACACUGAUAUUGUCUAGGCUGCUAUUUCUUACUAUUUGUAUAUUUAAUGUAAAUAUAUAUUAUAUUUAUCAGUAUGUAUGCUGUUUCUCUGUAUUAGAAGAACACAGUAGAGUUGAUUAUCAAGGUGUUUUACUAAGGCUUCAAUCUCUUAGGUAAGAGUUUCAUGUCUUCCCUCCCACCGUGAUUUGGGUUUCCUUUUCCUGUCUCACUCCAGUGAACUUGGCUUCCUUUUCAGAUGUAAUGUCUCACAGGCCAUGUCUUCACUCCAGAACAAAACAGGGAGUAAUACUGCUAUGACUGCUGUUCCGGCAGAGGAAGCAGUUGUUCACAAGAACAAACACACCGAUAUGGUGUAGAAUAUCUAUAGAAGUCAUACAAUACAAGCAUUGUUCUCCUGUCCCAGGUAGUUCUCAAGGGAUCAUUGUGCAUGUCUGCCCUCACUGUGGGGGGGAAAAAGGCACCAUGAGUCUCUCUUUGCACUUUUUGUAUUGAAUGGAGCCAUUGGAAUGCGAGAAAUGUAUUAGGCAAAGGGAGACCUGGAAGACGGUAAACAGGUGCAUUGUCUGGAGGCAUCGAAGAACAGCCCUCGAUUCCCAGCAUGCAUUAGAUAAGUGCUUCAUUGUUCUUUUAUGUGGAGAGGAUACUACAGUAACUCCAUAGCGUCUUUAGCAACACAAUCACUAUAAUUGUAAGCGUAUUUCUCUUUUCAAGUGUUGGUGUUGCCUGAUUUUCAAGAACCUUUUUGAGAUGUGGUAUUGCAACACUGAAUCAUCAUCAUCAUUAUUAAUCAUUAGUAUGUAGGUAGUAUUUAUUAACAUCCAAUUAUGUACCCAUCCUCCCCCUGGAAUGAGUGAUAUUUCAUGAAGCUGUGUUUCUUUUUUUUAGAUGUCAUGUAGUGUUCAAUUUGUGGUAUUUCAAUCGAAACACAGGAAUGUAGUUUGUUGCAUAUUUUCUCAAUCUUUUGAAAGGAACAUUUCUUAUGUGAUGCAGUUGAAACAUUGAUGUAUUGUUUUCUCUAAUGUACACAUGUAGUUGUACAGGCUUAGAAAACUAACAGUAAAUUCUUGUUUUGAUGGUUUCUCAGUCAUUAUUUCUAUCUCCAGGAUUGUUACAGAAUGUGCCUUGUAGAAACACAGACAAGUGUUGCACCUGGAGUUGCCCCUUUCAUACACUGUACAUUUGCCACAGACUGCUGUGAUGAUAUUCAGGCUAUACAAAUUUCUGUUUUUUUCUUUCACCUUAUCAAAAUGUCAACUAAGCCUGUUUUCUGCUGCUUUUAGAGACGAGUUUCAGGGUUGGAGUUUUGCUACUGUUAAAUGAAUUACUCUUUUGUAAAGGUUUUUAAUCUGGAAUUCAAUUUAAUGUUGAGCAAACUGAAUGCAAGUAUUUUUGUUUGGCUCUAAGCUAAGUCCAUGUUUGGGAAUUAACCUAAUUGUUUUCCAUAGAUGUCAUGUUUAAUGUGAAUGAAAACUCAUGCUACUGCUCCUGAUCAGUGGGGUUCUGUUUUCCUAAUUCAUGCUGUAGGAUUUAAGUCUAAAACUGAGUAUUGGGUUACAUUAAUACUGGAAUUUGUGCAUUUGGCAGGUUAAGACUGUGAAAUUGUGUACAAUCAUGAGAAAUAUUUAUUGAAUUGUUUCUUGUGCAACAUUUGACUCAAUUAUUUGAUUUGUAAAAUGAAAUGCUGAUAAAUGUCAAUGGUAAUAUUAGAAUUUGUAGAAGUGCCAUUAGAAUUUAAUAUAAUUUUUUAAUAAGAAAGUUAUAUUUUAUAGUAAUCAAUUGCUUCUGUGUUAGUGGUUUAAAGAUUAGGGGUCAAUCUUAUUCAGAAUUGACAUUGUGUAGAACUUGAGGCAAUUUAUUUUGAUCUGUAAUUGUAUGUGCUUUUUUUGUGUUUUGUUUGCGCUUUCAGAGAGUGUGUGUGCGUGCUGUGGAGAUGUGACAAUCUUGAGUUAGGUCUUUAUUAAGAUUAUGCAUAGAUUAAACAGGAUACUUUUCUGUG